GAAGGGUUGUUGCCCCGUGUAACAUGGAGAGACCCGUGUGUCUGAUUGAGAACAGCGCGGCUGGUGAACUCUCGGUUAACCGUGAGGCUGUGGAUAAGAUCCUGUCGGUGAUCAGCCAGCCCGUGGUGGUGGUAGCGAUCGCUGGUCUAUACCGAACUGGCAAGUCCUAUCUCAUGAACAAACUCGCUGGCAAACAGAGAGGUAAGGAAGCUCCAGUCCCCCCCCCCGGCCGCCUGGUCAGAGUCAGACAGAACCAGCUCUCUCCAAAUUCACCCUGUCCCUUUCCAAUUUUCCCUCGACUCGGCGAUACGACCAACGAUUCCUGGAUCUUUGCUCUUGCUGUGCUCCUGAGCAGUAUGUUGGUCUAUAACAGCAUGGGCACCAUCGACCAGUACGCAAUGGACAAGCUCCAUUACGUCACCGAACUGACCGAGCUGAUCAAAGUGAAAGCGACGGGGGGGGAGGACGAGUCCAGGGAGUUUGCUCGUUUCUUCCCAGCCUUUGUCUGGUCCGUGCGGGAUUUCACCCUGGAUUUGACGUUGGAGGGCAAGAAGGUGACGGAGGAUGGGUACCUGGAGAACGCCCUCAAGCUGAAGCACGGCAGCAGUGCAACUGUCCAGAAGUAUAACCUGCCGAGGGAGUGCAUCAGGAAUUACUUCCCCACGCGCAAGUGUUUUGUCUUUGACAGACCUGCUGAUAAAGACACCAUGAGGAACAUGGACGAGGUUCCUGACUCCUGUCUGGAUGCUGCGUUUGUGAAUCAGUCCCAGACAUUUGUUCAGUACGUUUACAGAACGGCACAGACUAAGACCCUGAAAGGAGGGUACCCAGUGACUGGGAAGAUGCUGGGAGCCCUGGUGGUUACCUACGUGGACUCUAUCAGGAGUGGACACCUGCCUUGCCUUGAGAGUGCGGUGCACACACUGGCGGAUAUUGAGAACACGGCUGCAAUCCAAGAGGCAGUGCAGGCCUACGAGAAAUGGAUGGGGGAGCGGGUGACCCUCCCGACGGAGACAGUGAUGGAACUAUCCGAGAUCCAUAACCAGGUUCACCCGGAGGCUCUGCAGCUCUUCAUGAGGCGCUGUUUCAGGGAUGAAGGCCAGAGGUACCAACAGGAGUUCACGAAAGAAGUGGCUGCCAUGUACGCGGGCAUUUCUGAGAAGAACAGACAACUGUCCACGGAUAUCUCCAGCAGGAUCAUCUUGGAGCUGGGAGCUGGGAUCCAGGAGAAAGUCCGAAUCGGAUUUUACAUGAAGUCAGGAGGAUAUUCGGAGUAUGAGAAGGACAUGGCGGAGCUCGUGAGGAAUUUCCGAGCCACACCGCGGAAAGGAGUCCAGGUACAGUUCGGAACGUUGGGAAUAUCGCCGGCUCAUCGCAGCCACGGUGCCUACCUAUCCCAGUACCCUCCACCAGCCCCUAGACCCCCUCCGCCAGCCCCUACACCCCCUCCCUAUCCCA